AGUCGUGAGACAGACGGAGGAGACGUAUGACGAAAGUCGGUUAGAGCUCGAGACGAGUUGAGACCUGAAGCUCGUGUAUUUGAUAGUUGGAAUUUUUUAUCCCUGUCGAGCCAGUCGUCAGUCAUCAAAAAAGGAAGUUCGCUAAAUGACGUGGAUCCGUGCAUCCGGCGAUAAAAAUCCCUGAUAGAAAAGCAGUUGGAAAUCGUUAAAAUGUCGUGAUAUCGAUUGAGUGCGUGAUUGGUUAAACAAGAAACCGAUGCAAGUAUGGCUGCCCUGCCGUCACCCACGCAGGUGGCUGGAAGCCAUGCCGCCAUAUACGAGGCCUACUACAGACAGGUUGAUCCCAAUGGACUUGGAAGAAUCGAGGCUAUGGAUGCUGCGCGAUUUCUCAAGAAAUCCCAGCUCAGCGACAUUAUUCUCAGCAAAAUCUGGGAUAUGGCAGACCCGCAGUCUCGAGGAUUUCUCGAUAGACCAGGGUUUUUCGUAGCCCUUAAGCUCUGCGCCUUGGCACAACAAGGAUGCGACCUAAACAUGGCCCAUAUGAAUUUGGAUAUAAAUCCUCCAAAAAUGGGCGAACUCCCAAAGAUUCUACCCCAAAAACCUGUUGUAACAACCCAACCAUUGAUAUCCGCCAUCAACAAUGGCGAUUGGUCCAUUAAACCUACAGAACGUGCGAAAUACGAUCAACUUUUCGAUAGUCUUCAACCUUCGAAUGGUUACAUCCCUGGCACUAAGGUCAAGGGCGUAUUAAUGGAUAGUAAAUUGCCUCUCGAUACCCUCGGAAAAAUAUGGGACCUCGCUGACAUGGAUAAGGAUGGCAUGCUUGAUAGGCACGAAUUUGUGGUGGCGAUGCACUUGGUGUACAAGGCACUGGAAAAAUACGCAAUUCCCAACGCCUUGCCACCGGAAUUGAUGCCUCCUGGCAAAAGAAAAGAUAUAAUGCCAGAGUCCAAGUCUCCGGUUCCACCGAUAGUUGGCCCGCCACCAAUACCUCCGCUUCCUAACGUAUCCGCUGUAAAUAGUCUCGCAGGUCUGGAUACAAAGCCGCCUGUUGUGCAAAAAUGGGUCGUCUCUCUCGAAGACCAGGCAGCAGCCGACAAAUUGUUCCUGCAGGCUGAUAUGGACAUGGAUGGUUUUGUUUCCGGUGCUGAGAUAAAAGAUGUCUUCCUUCAAAGUGGACUUCCACCCCAAAACCUCGCACAUAUUUGGUCUCUGUGCGACAUUUGUCAGAGUGGAAAAUUAAAUAAAGAACAAUUUGCUCUCGCGAUGUAUAUUAUCAAGCAAAAAUUGAGGGGAGUCGACCCUCCAAAUAGCCUCACUCCUGAAAUGGUACCUCCAUCUUUGAGGAAACCCUCGGAAAGUGUUGUGGAGAACAACAAUAUUUCCGGUUACUCAAAUCCCGAAUUGGACAUGAUCAGUAAAGACAUUGCUGAAUUAGCGCGUGAAAGACACACAAUGGAGCAAGACAUUGCACAAAAAGAAGCGGACAUCAAGAUAAAGAAUGGAGAAAUAAAAAGUCUCCAAAGUGAACUUGACACAUUAGCUGCCACUUUAAGGCAACUAGAAAACCAAAAGGGCGAGGCGCAAAAAAGAUUAAACGAUUUAAAGGUUCAGAGGGCUGAGGUAGAUAGAGAGUUGAGUGAUAUCGAGAUCGAGAUACGGGAGGAACAACAAAAGGUGGAUAAAUUGCGACAACAGGCAGAAGAGCAGGAAACUGUCUUGCGUUCUCAAGAAGAAGAAUUAAACCUAAAACGACAGGAACUGGAGGGCUUAAAACAGGAAGAGCAGCAAUUGGAAUCGCAGCAAACGAAAAGCAGGGACCACUUAAAUGAAUUAACAAAAAAAUUGCAGGAGAAGCAAAUCCAAAUUAGCCAAGCUAAAUUAAAAAUUACUCAUCUGGAGGAACAGCAAAGGCAAAUGAGCGAUGCAAUCGCCCUUUAUGAUUCCGCCCUUGCAGCUGGGGAUGUGAAUAUAGUUUCGGAUACUAGUCUACAUUAUAAACCUGAAAUUGAGGACUUGAUAGAAGAAGAAAGACGAAAGUCUGCACAAAUAAAUGGCGUAAAUAAUGAAGAGGAUGCGUUCUCAAAUACAAAUGGCAAUGCGGAAGCUUUUGGCGCAGAUCCUUUCGCGUCUAACAAGGCUAAAGAUUCCUUUGAAUUUGCAGAUCCAUUCACCGGAAGUGCUUUUCCAUCUGAUGGAGCGAAUAGUGGUUUCGGAAAUGAUUCCUUCGCGUCAUUUGAUCAUCCCGGUGCUACAAAACAAGAUCCUUUCGAUCCGUUUGGUGACAAAGGAGCUGCCAGAAAACCAGUGGGCAUAUCUAAGGAUCCCUUUGGAGAUGAUCCCUUUGCAAAUCUUCAUGCGCCCACGCGGCCUGAAAGCCCUAGUCCAGCUCUUCCGCCUAAAAAAGCGAAGCAACCGCCUCCAAGGCCAGCGCCUCCACGUCCUUCUUCAGGGCCUGCAGGACCUACCGGACCUCUGCGAGCAGCUCCUGCUCCUCCAGUUCCGUCACCAACGCCCGAUUUAUUUGCAAACCCAGUCUCUGAUCCCUUUGCUGCUCAACAACCAGUAAUGGAUAAUAACAAUGGAAACAGCUUUGGAACUGGAUUCGCUGAUUUCGCCAACUUUGAUCCCAAGCCGGAACCAGUUCCCAGCCGAUUGGGGCCACAGAGACUGAGCAGGACACGGACAUCAUCGACUCCCAAACUGCCAGAUUUUACGGAAGACCCGUUCAAGGACUACCGCUAUGAAGAUCCUUUCAACAUAGAUCCCUUCGCCGACGACACCAGCGACUCAAAUGCAAACAAAACCACCAUCAGCAACACCAGUAAACUCGAUGCAUUCGGUUUCGAUGAAAAUUCAUUCUCCUCCAAGGACACAUUUGUCAGGGCCUUUGAUUCGGAUUUCUCGAAAACGUUGCCCUCGCCAAAAACGAAGAGCGACAGAAACACAUCGAAAUUCGAGGCUGAUUUUGGAAAGGCCUUUUCUGACUCAAAUCGGAACGAUUUUACAUUCACGACAGGACGAUCGAAACCAACGAAACUGAGCAACAUUGAUGAAACAUUCGCAACCAAAAACGAGACAAAAUCGGCGAAAAAGUCGAAUCUUUCAUUCAGAGAUAAAUUAGUCCUUGGCGCUAGUGAGAAGAAGAAUAAAAAUGCUAAUAAUAAAUCUUGGAAUGGGAACAGUAGAGCUCUAAAUCCGACGGAAGAAGAGCAAAUCGCCUGGGCUGAACAGCAGAGCAUUAUUGCCGAAGAGGAGAGACGCAGAAUGAAAGCGCGGGAAGAUGCUGAGCUGCAAAUGGCUUUGGAGAGGAGCAAAAUUGAAGCUGUAAAAUCGAAGAAAAGUUAAGUCCAGAGAAGUUGAACUUUAACGGCAGACUCUAUGUACAUUAUCACCCAAAAACAAAGAGAAAAUACAAGAGGUAUUUUUACACGGACGCAAGUUUUGGGAACUGCACUUAUUAAUUUCGUCGCUUUAAAGAGUUGAAAAGUGCAAGCUCAGUUGAUCUAGUUUUAAGAGUAACGAAAUAUACUCAAUACGACUCUACACAAUAGAGUGCACAUGCCAUGUAAAAGUAUGAUCGAUCAACGAUUCUAGUUUAGGACUAAAGCAACAAAUUGACAGAUUUUGUAUUUCUUUUUUCGUUUUCUAUUCUUUAUCUGAAGUUUUGAUGAAUGAAGCUAAUCAUUGGGAUAUGUGUGUGUGUCUGGAAUUUGGAGUUUGGAGGCUUGAAGAUUCGUUGACAAGGGACGCUUUCGAGAUUGGAGAAAAUUUUUAUAUUUCAACGCUUUAAGUUUAAUUUCAGAAAAUUUUAGCUUCGAAAUUCCACAAGUUCUUAAGGAAUCACUCAAGUUUAUGGAACAGUAUCCAAGUGUUUUCUUUUCUCUCUUUUUUUUUUGUUUGUUUUUGUUUUUAAAAGACCGAGCGCAACUUAAAAAGUAAGGUUUCCACGAACGAUAAAGUAUUACAAAGUUCGUGUUUCUAGAAGACAUAGCGACUCGCGAGUCUAUAAAGAUUAACGGAAAGUUUUGGUGGCAGUUGUUCAGUGGAUGGACAAUAAUGUUGGGCGAGCCAACCUGACGAAUCCCAGUAUCAUUGAGAAGUGAAAAAUGAUUGAUUAAAA